AUGGAUGGGAGGGAGUCGACCGCGACGUCGGGGCCCAACUACUCGCAGCAUAUGACGCAGCACAGCGUUGGCGGCGGCGGCGGAGGUUCACAGCAUAUGGCGCAGCACAGCGUCGGUGGCGGUGGCGGGUCGCAGCAUAUGGCGCAGCACAGCGCCGGCGGUGGCGGUGGUGGUGGUGGCUCACAGCAUAUGGCGCAGCACAGUGCCGGCGGUGGCGGUGGUGGCACACAGCAUAUGGUGCAGCACAACGCUGGUGGCGGUGCCGACGGGGGCAUGGACAUUGGCAUGGGUGUUGUGGCCCUGAGCGGUGAUGCUAAAGGGGAUCAGGGGGGCGAGGCUGGCCAGGACGAGCAAGUGAAGAAAAAGCGCGGGAGGCCAAGGAAGUAUAAGCCUGAUGGGUCGGUGACGCUGGGGCUCUCGCCAUCUCCAUCCACGCCUCAUUCGUCGAGCCCAGGAAUGGGCGCAAUGGUUACCACACCUGGCUCAGGAUUUGGGCCGGGGACUGGGUCAGGGGGUUCUGGUUCGGGCGCACUGACGGAGAAACGUGGCAGAGGGCGGCCACCUGGGUCCGGGAAGAUGCAGCAGCUGGCUUCUCUUGGAAAAUGGUUUCUUGGCUCUGUUGGAACGGGCUUUACUCCUCAUGUGAUUAUUAUUUCGGCUGGAGAGGAUGUUGCCGCCAGAAUAAUGUCCUUCUCACAACAAGGCCCAAGAGCUAUUUGCAUCAUCUCAGCAACAGGGGCUGUCUCCACGGCAACCCUUCAUCAGGAUUCAGACUCCGGUGCGGUGACAUAUGAGGGUCGAUUUGAAAUCCUGUGUCUUUCUGGAUCAUAUUUGGUGGUAGAAGAAGGUGGUACCCGCACUCGAAGUGGAGGCCUUUGCAUAGCUUUGUGUGGCCCUGACCACAGGGUUAUCGGUGGGAGUGUUAGUGGAGUCCUGACAGCAGCUGGAACUGUUCAGGUGAUAGUGGGAAGCUUCAUGUAUGGUGGCGGGUCAAAGAAGAACAAAGGCAAAGCGGACCAGGACGUGGAGAACGAAGAGCAGAACGGCGGCGGCGGCGGCGGGGAAGAGACCCCCACGUUGGCGCUGCCGGAGCACCCCCACAACAUGCUGCCCCACCCGAUGAGUGGAUGGCCACCCGGCCUAAUGAACCAGAUGGACCCGAGAGCGUCUCCCAUGUAUGGCAGCAGUUCAAAGCAGCAAAACAAGACCAAAGCGGAGCAAGAAAUGGAGGACGAAGAGCGCAACGGCGGUGGCGGCGGCGGUGGCGAAGAGCCCCUCAUGAUGGCGCAUCCCGAGGACAACAUGGACCCCGAGCAUAACAUGAACAUGCCGCCGCCCCACCCGAUGGGCGGGUGGCAGCCCGGCCUGAUGCGGCAGAUGGACUCGCGCUCCUCCAGCAUCGACAUCAACUCGAUCCGCGAGUAG